CCUACUUUACAUCCACUCGGCAGAAAGCGUUAAGAAGCUUUGAGGCUUGAGGCCAGCCAGUUGAAGUGCUUCCGAGAAGGAGGUUGCAGUGGAUUAAGUGGGAUAUAGCAGGAUUAGGCAGGUUUUCCGGGGGAGGAUAUAGUAAAAUCACGUAUGCUACUGGUGCUGAAGAAAAGUCAGAAAAGGGACUCUACAGCACCCUCCUUAAAAAAAAAAAACAGGACCCGCAAUCUGAAGAAAACGGAGUCUUUCAGACAGGGAGAAUCCGAUAGGGAGAGUCUUCAGUGCGCUGGAACGCCGAACACUCAGGAUGAAACAGUCCAUAGAUGCAGAGCCCAUAACUCCCCCAGGGCUGAAUGAAAAUGGUUUGUCUGAGAUACUGACAAAUGUAGUAGAGGAAGUGAAGGUAUCAAUAAGCCGGGACAUAAAUGGAGCAGACAUCCUCUACAGUCUUUUGAACGCUCCCUGGCUGCAGUCAUUGUUGAAGGUAUAUGAGUGUCUGCAGCAGUACUUGCAGAGAAACCCGAGUCCCUUCCUGCCUUAUGCAUCUGGACUCUCCCAGGAGGUUAUGUCUGACUUACGAAUGUCAGCAUCUUCUCCUGAUGCCAGAGAGCUCCUGAUACUGUUAAGAAACCCACACAUGCAGGCAGUCCUGUCUGCCCACGACACAGUGGCCCAGAAAGACUUCGAACCGGUUCUCCCACCCCUGCCAGAUAACAUUCCUGAAGAAGAAGAGGCCAUGCGAAUCGUGUGCCUCGUGAAGAACAAACAGCCACUGGGUGCUACAAUUAAAAGGAAUGAAAUCACUGGAGAGAUAGUAGUUGCCAGGGUGAUACAUGGAGGCCUAGCUGAUCGCAGUGGACUGCUGUACGCGGGAGACAAGUUAGUAGAAGUUAAUGGGCAUUCAGUGGAAGGUCUGGAGCCAGAACAGAUCAUUCAGAUCCUGGCCCAGUCCCACGGUACCAUUGUGUUCAAGCUGGUCCCCAUCUCAGAAAGACCAGUCAACAGCCAGACCAUGAUGUAUGUGAGAGCCAUGACUGAUUACAGCCCCCAGCAGGAUCCUGCUAUACCCUGUGCCGAUGCUGGAAUGGCCUUCCGAAAAGGAGAUAUCCUGGAAAUUGUGGACCAGACUGACUUCCUCUGGUGGCAAGCUAGGAAGCUUCCCAAUACAUCCUGCUGCGCAGGCCUAAUUCCUUCUGCCAAUCUCCUGAAAAGGAAACAACGAGAGUUCUGGUGGUCUCAGCCUCUACAGCCUCACACGUGUGUCAAAAUCUUAAAUACUGUGGAAGAAGAGGAGGACAUGAUGGCAAUUGAUGAAAAAUGUGUCGAAACAGAUGAAGAAGCUUUUGAAUCUGAGGAGCUAAGAGAAGAAGAAGAUGGGUUCAGUGCUCUAAAUCAAGGCUUGUAUUUAGCUGGGUUCCGCAGAAGCUUGCGCCUGUGCAGGAGAAAAUCUCGCAGCAGCCACCAGCAAUCCUGCUACGCUCGCUGCCCAAGCAGCUGCUACAGUGCCCUGGCCUCACCCUACGAGGAGGUAGUGAGAUACCAGCGCCACCCCGAGGACAGACACCGCCUCAUUGUCCUCAUCGGUCCCUCUGGAGUCGGGGUGAAUGAGCUGCGGAGGCGUCUGAUUGAAAUUAACCCCAAGAUCUUUCAGGGGGCCGUUCCACACACAACCCGACCCCCAAAGAGCUAUGAGGAGAAUGGGAGAGAGUAUCACUUUGUAACCAAGGAGUUGUUUGAGAACAUGAUUCACAGUAACAGGUUCCUUGAAUAUGGGGAAUAUAAGGGCCAUUUAUAUGGCACAAGCAUUGACUCUGUCAAGGAAGUUCUGGAGAAUGGAAAAAUUUGCAUCAUUGACCUAGAGCCACAAGGCAUUCAAGGUGUGAGGACACAUGAACUCAAAGCAUAUAUCAUAUUUAUUAAGCCAUCCAGCAUAAUUCGCAUGAAACAGACAAGGAAGAGUGCCCGUAUCAUCACAGAUUAUUACGUAAACCGGCCUUUUAAAGAGGAGGAUUUCCAGGAAAUGGAGGAAAUGGCGAAGAAGGUGGAGGCCCAGUACUGCCAGUUUUUUGACCACGUGAUCGUAAACGACAGCUUGCAGGACUCCUGUGUCCAGCUGUUAACCGCUGUGAGGCGGGCACAGGACGAGCCGCAGUGGGUUCCAGCUCUGUGGCUCAGGCCUGCAGAAGAGUCCUGAUAGAGGAGAGGGGAAAAAGGGACAAACCACACCAAAACACAGGGGUAAACCUCAUCCUAGCCCAGAGACUGACUGAAACUGUGAGCUUCACUAACAGUAUCUAAAGCAUAACCUCAGUGCUAGAACGAUGCAGUGUGCUCAAAGUUGUUUCAACGUUUUUAUCAAGUUGAAGGACUUUUUAAUGACCCAUACAUAAAAAUCCUAAAUGCUGGCAGUAUAACAGCAAGGUUACUGUUAGAGGUCUCCUUGCAAUAUGGAGAAUUUAGGGGCCAAAAUACUUAUUUUUCCUGUAUUUACAGUAUCCUUGAGAACUCUGGGAAUCCUUUAUUUUCCCUGUGAAAUGACUCCAGUAUGAUAUCACCUUUAGAAUUGUUGAAGGAGUUUUACUGUAUAUCAACCAUAAUUCCUGUCCUUGUCCUUGUCCAUGUCCUUAAAUUAGACAGAAUUCUUCUUGCUUUAGUUCCUGAGUGAUGUUUUGUUUUUCAAUUAUUUAAUCUAAUUUAUAUUACAAUAUAGCCGGAUUUAAUGGUUUGUGGCAGUCUAGAUUCCUACAGGAGGUCGCCAUAGUGUGUGUUAAUGGGAAACGCCUGGCUUUAGAAAGGCACAGAGAUUGUGAGAUUUUACAACAGGAUAUUUAUACGAUGUACCAAGAACAGCCCAAUAACUUGUGUUUUCGUUAUCCUUUAAAAUGUACUUAUUGACCAUGAUAUUUGAUUUGAAUAUCACUGUUCAAUUACAUAAAUCUGGGUUUCUACAACUUUUAAUGCUGUCCUUUAUGCCAUAAGGUUAUGUCGUAGUAUCUGUGAUGAAAAUUUAAUUUACUAAUUUUGGAACACCUGCCUGUGUACUCAGGUAAUACAGACGGUUAUAAGUUAACCUUCUCAGCACAGGCUAGUCAUAAUGACUGUUAGAUCUUUGCAAUUUUUAUGUAUACCAAGAUAAUUGUGGAUUUUAUUGUACACCUUUGUAUUUUCUUUAAGUGUAUGGUUUAAUAAUUUAUUUCUAAAUGUAAGAAGAGAGUAAUGUUUUAAGUGGUUCUGAAAUUGUUUAAUCAUCAGUUUUUCAAUAGUUCUAAAAACAAAUCAGGGGGAUUUCAUUGCAUCACAGACCGCUCCAACAUACAGUAUAAGCCAAAUUACUGAUUUGUGAAUUCAUUUGUAUCUAACCUUAAAAUUGUGAUCUGAAAUAUAAACUCUUCUAGUUUAUUCAUCACCUCAAUAUGGAAUUGAUAAAACAAUCUAUAAAUUCUUUUUAUAGAAUAAAUGACUUUGACUUUGAAUAAUCUACAUAUAUUUGAGUGUUUUCUUGUUUUACUGUAUGUACCACCAUUUUUAUUUAAAAACACCAAAGUUAAUUACAGAACCUGUGGUACCACAGUGUGAUUUACUGUAAUUUGAAUCUUUAAGUUUUCUGAGAAUCCAAAAUACAAUGUUAGCCGUUUUUUUUUUAAAA